GCUAAAAAUAUUCCUAAAACAUCCAGGAUUAUAAAAAUGUCAUAUUGAAAGAAAUUAACUCAAUUUGUUCUCGCUGUCACUAAUUCGUGUUCAUAUUGUGAGAUACUUGAGUAUUUGAUAGUUUAGAAUCGAGAAAAAUUACGAGACAGUAUUCUCAGACGCCGUAGUAAGCGGACGGAUAAAUGAGUGAUGUGUUGUCGCAGCUGAGUGGCGGCCCAGCUGUUUCCCGCCAGAAUAGCACACCAUUCACGCACUUUACGAAGCCGGUAUCGAGGACCCAAAAUUGGUAUAUUUUGCACCAAUAACAACUUCCGCGUUUGUGAUAUAACUGUACCCAGGAUCGUUAAAAAUGGCAUUUGAAGUGAGAAAUCCUGAAAAAGCGAAGGGAUUACACGAUUAUCGCGUACAACACGAGGCUGUCGGUGGGCUGUGCAGUUUGGGACGAAUAUCACCUAGCAGUCACAGAGAACAGGAAAGGCGGAUCCGACGAGAAAUUGCGAAUAGCAAUGAGCGACGACGCAUGCAGAGUAUCAACUCAGGAUUUCAGUCAUUAAAGACAUUGUUACCUCACGCUGAUGGCGAGAAACUGAGCAAGGCUGCCAUAUUGCAACAGACGUCUGAGUUCAUCUUUAAUCUGGAGCAAGAGAAGACUCGCUUGUUGCAACAGAAUACGCAGAUGAGACAGAUGCUUGCUAAGAGAAGUGCCGAGACAAAGGAGUCCCCGCCAAAAAGACGAAAGAAUGAGGAUAGUAUUUCAUCGGAUGAAGGUAUUGGAAGUCCUGAGGUGGAAGAUUUAUCGAUGGAAGAGUUACAGAAGGAAAUGGUAGAGUUACGACAACAGUUGGACCGCGAACGAAGGCUUCGCAUGUUGUUGGAGGAACGCAACCGCAGCUUGGAGGCACAGCUUUAUCCUGAAAAAUUGCGAGAGAUUGCAAAACAUGAACAACAGAAACAGCUCCUUGACGUUCAACGAAUGCAUGAAAUUCAGCAAAUGCAACAAACACAGACGGUUGUACCUGUGCCGGUACAACUGAUACACGCCCCACCUGUCAUCACAGCUAACAACGCUGCCAGACAGAACCUUGAUGCAAUAGUUCAGGCCAUCAAGCAUUUGGAAGGAGCCAAAGCAACCCCAACCCCUGAAGACAAUGAAAAAGCCUUGAACAGUGACUGUGACAGCGUUAUGAGCGAAAAAGAAAAUUCCACUGUUGUGGUGAACGACAUAGAGGAAGCACCAAUAACAGAAGUUCAAACAGAAGAGGUGAUCAGUACAACGGCAGACAUCACACACCAAGCAGUUACUGUUGAGUUAGUGCAUCCAUCAUUUCACAAGCCCCAAGAACUUACAUCUACGCCGGGAAUUUUUGUUUCGUGAGAGCAUAAUCUUUUCAUAUAGAAAAAAAUAUACUAAUAUUAAGUGCAAAUUUCUAUAUUUGUUUUAUUAUAAACUGUAUAAAAAAAGAUAUAAUUUCCCAACUUUUGUGUUUGUAAAUGUCCAACCAGCAGCUGACUUGCAUUAUUCAAUUUUUUUAUUUGAAACAAAUUUAAUAUUUUGUCCUUUGAUAAAUAUCUCUGGGAUUUGUUCUUGUUUUCAUUAUUUAAAAUAAAAUUCAGCAUCUAUUGCAGAGCUAAGCUUCUUGCUUUCUUAAUAAAAAAUAAAAAAAAUAAACAGAUGUGCUUGGAAAUUUAAAAUUUAGUGAAGGUAGAUUAAAUAAUAAAAAAGUAACUAAGAAGAUAAAUAAAUGUUCCAAGAUUUA